CGGUGCUGCUGCUGCUGCUGCUGCUGCUGCGGCUGGAUGUCCCGCGCUCCGGUUGGCUCCCCCCCCUGCACUGUCGGUCACGCGCUCCCACGUGCACACACGCACGCUCGUCCAGCUUCAGCAUCACGGGAGGCGGCGGCGUUUGGCAGGGAGGGCGACAGGCUUUGACUUUGGAUGCUUAGUCACGUUUUUUUUUUUGUCCGAGCAGGGAGCCCGAGGAUGGAGCAGGUGCAGGAGGAGCAGUGAGGACACGCAGCCGGGGCGGAGCACCGCGGAGUCCGGAGCGGAGGAUGCUUGUUUGCCGCAGGCCCCGCUGUCGUGAAAUUGGAUACCGACUUGCGGCGGAUGGGGUGACCGAGCUCGCUGCUCCGCCGGGGAGGUCCCUGCCUUCGGACGUUACCGGGGACGGAGCUGCCUGUGCCCGGUUCUAAGGAAGGAAGGAGUGGCAAGAGGGUAAAAUGCAGACGGAGGAGGAGACGGCCACCGCAGAAGAGCCCAUUUUGGAGGAAGGGUCGGGACGAGAGCAGCAAAGGCCAGUCCAGCAGUCUCUGGCCUCCUCUUUGUGUCGGGAGUCCCACUGGAAGUGCCUCCUCCUGACCCUCCUCAUGUACGGCUGUUUUGCCACGCUGGCCUGGUGCGCUCUCUGUCGUGUUCCUGUCCUCGGCUCCGCCUCCAUCACUCUCGGUAGUGACGAUGACGCCACCUCGGCGGCCUACUACAGUGACCUCCUGCACUUGGAGAGUCCGUGCUCUAGCGGUUACGUCUAUAUCCCCCUGGCCUUCCUGGCCAUGCUCUAUGUGGUUUACCUGGUGGAAUGUUGGCACUGCUUCUCCAAGACGGCCAUGUUGGCUCAUGCUGAAUUCCAGGAGGUGUAUGAACGUGUGCAGAGGCUUCAGCAGGCCACUCCCUGUAUUUGGUGGAAGGCCAUCAGCUAUCACUAUGUGAGGAGGACCAGACAGGUGACGAGAUACCGCAAUGGAGAUGCAUAUACGACCACACAGGUCUACCAUGAGCGGGUCAACACUCACGCCUCCAGUUCAGAGUUUGACUACGCCCGCUAUGGUGUCAAAGACGUAUCAAAGGAGCUGCUCGACUUGCAGCUGCACCCUGCUGUUCGCCUCCGUUUCACCAAGUGUUUCAGCUUCUCAAGUGCACGUGCAGAAGCUGCCUACCUCACCCAGCGAGCGCGCUUCUUUGGGGAGAACGAAGGUCUUGACGACUACAUGGAGGCCAGGGAAGGCAUGCACCUGAAGAACGUGGAUUUCCGUGAGCACAUCCUGGCGUUCCCAGAUCCCGCUCAUCAGCCGUGGUUUUCCAGGCACCGGGUGUUCUGGCUGGCUUCUGCUUUCCUCCUAUCAUGGCCCUUGCGAGUCGUGUCUGAAUAUCGCACAGCAUAUGUCCACUACCAUGUGGAGAAGCUGUUUGGGGAGGAUGAGGAUACAGUGGGAGGCGGCGGUGGAGGGCCGGGUGGAGGUGGAAGAGGGGACGGGGUUGAAAGAGGGACUGAGAAUGGAAUCCAUCCAGGGGGGAUUGGGAUUGGAAUUGGCCUGAAUGGGACAAGCUACAGAGCCAUCUCCCGCGUCAACACAGUGGACAUGACAGAAUUGGAGUGGCACAUCCGCUGUAACCAACAGAUGGUCCCGAGCUACUCUGAAGCCCUCCUUAUGGACUUGGACACAAGUGGGGGGACAAACCCCACAGCCUCAACGCCCAUCUCCGGGCCUCCGGGCACCACCCCCAGCCAGGGCACCAACCCGCCUCCUCUGGCUCUGCCUGUGGUGUUCAACUCGGCUUACCUUCUACAGAGCUGCCCCCGAUGCCGGAGGACCACAUCGAGCGCCAGUCUUCCCUCCAGGCUAAGGGCCCCAAUGGGAACCACAGCGCUGCUGAAUGCUACCGUGGCAGGGAUCAGGGCGGCAGGGCCUGGAGGAGGAAGCAUCGGAGGAAGACUGGUGCUCAGUCGGAGUGGAAUCUCUCUGGGGAGACUCGGAGGCGGGCGCCAGAACAGCCUGUUUCAUUCAAGAAGCAUGGGGGGAGGGCUAGGUGGAGGCAGGGAGGAUGGAGGAGGGAAUGGGGGAGGAGGAGGAAGUGGUGGAGGAGGAGGUGGUGGAGGAGGAGGAGGAGGGGGAGGAUUCCUGGGGCUAGGUUCAAGGCAGGACAAUGAGGAGACCAGAGGAGUGCUUGAAGGAGAAGGCGACGAUGACGAGGAAGAGGAGCAGGAGGAGGAGGAGGAGGAGUUGAGGAGAAGGGAGGACAGGGAGAGAGGAGGGAGAGAGAGGGACGAGGAGGCAGAGCAAGAGAGCGGAGGGGGAGGAGAGGUGAGGGAGGGGAGGGAGGGGGACAGGGAUCGACCUCCAUCCUACCAGGACGCAUUCUUCUUCCCUGUCCUUAUUAUACACGGAGAGGAGAGCUGCCAUGCUGGAGAUGACAUGUGAUAACGAGAAACAUGAGUAAGAACUGCAAGGUUCAAGCAGAAAGAACAGAAGGAAAAGAGAGGACACACACAGAAAGAGAAGAGAGGAUGCAGCCAGAAGAAAGAGAGAGAGGUAAGAAUAGAUCUGCAAUAGACAGAAUUACCAAGGAAACAGAGAUGAAGUCCAAGUAAGUGAAUAAGGCUAAGAAGGAAGAGAAGAGAAAAUACAUUCAGAGGCGAGAAUAGACAGGAAAGACAUGCAGUGCUUACUGUAAAAAGUCAAUAAACCUACGAGCUCAGAGGGAGACAAGAGCUGAUAGAAAAGUGCAGGAGCACGAUAAGAUGGAGGCUAAGAAAAUGAGCGAAGGGAAGAAAAUCCUGCAUUUACUACCUAGAUGAAGAGAGAGGGAUGUAGGGGCUGAUCAGGUAUUUGGGAAAACUUAGGAAUAUGUAUUUCCAAAUAUAUCAGCAGGAGCAGGAGUGGGAGGUCUAAAGAUAGCAGCAUGGAGAGCAGCAGAGAGAAGGUGAACAAGCCGAGUGAUAGUGGAGGUUUAAAAGGGUAUUUGAGGUGUUGAAACUUCAGUUUUGCUAAAAUGAAACGCAGAGGAACAAACUAGAAAUGUGUUACAGCACGAUAAGGUGAGAAUUUAAAAGACGGGAUCACAAAUGCAGUGUAGUGAAGCUGAGGGAAAGAUACUGAAAUGCUUUUGGGGAGAAGGGCAGAACAAGAAAACAGAAAAUCCAGUGUUGGAGCGAAUCAAAUAAACACACACAGACCAGACUAUACUAAAUCUUAUUUUCCAUUUACCAGAUAAUUCUGAUUCUUAAAAGCUACAGAACAGAUUUGCCAAAAAGAUCAAAUCAAGAGGAGGACUAAAAAAAUGAUUGCAGGAUUUAUCACCCUCUGAGCAGCAAUUCUGUCUUCUGAUCAGGAAAUGACGUUCGAACAGGCCCCACAUGACACAAGCCUUGUAAAAAUUUACUGUACAACUCCCACACAGCGCCUCACUUGCACCCGUAACAGUAGGCAGUGCCAAUAAAAGAGGAGGAAACAUCGAUUUCCUCCCCGUCCUGUCAUGCAUACUUCACCAUUAGUUUCCUCACCGUUCCAUCCAUUAUGGAGCUGAUAGAAAUUACAUCCAUAAAAGUAGAGCAGUUGCUUCCUCUGCUUCUCAGCUCUACCCUGCUCCUCCUUUCUCCCUCCACGUUAUCACCUCUCCUGCACUUCAUCUUCCGUCCUCAUCCCUCUCUACGAGGAAAACCAUAUGUUAAGAGGUGUAAUUCUUCAUCUUUUUUUUCUUUCGCAAUUAGCACAUAUUGCACAUUUCAGUGAGGGGUGUUUACAUAAAAAACUGAUUUAGCUCAUGCAUCAUUACCUUCCCGUCCUCUUUUCCUACACCACCCUCUCUUUCUUUCUUUCCUUUUUUUUUCUAAAGUGUUGGUUAUGUGAUACACCUCUCUGCUUCUGGAGAUGCUGAGAUCAGAUUUCAUCUCAGCUCACUCCACAUAUCACAUCUCCUCGAGGCUGAGCUUUCUCCCAGAGGAUCGUAUUUUCUAAACCAGAUAUUUCCCACUCAUGUGAUGCUUUUUAUGACCUCUAUUCCUGUAUAUUUUGAAGAAACACAAGGAGAUUUGAACAAAUUAUGUGGGUAAGUGGAUUUACCCGACACACAGAGGAGCAAAAGAGGAAAAAUAGCCUUUAAAGAAGCUGAACGUUGAAGGCAAAGAGUAAAAUGUCCACCAGUUAUGACAGUGUCUAUAGUUUAAAACAUUGUUCCCAAAGAUAGGCCUGUACAGUAUGAAGAAAAAAAAUACAAUAACUAGAAAACCUUCCUCCAAUAUUAAUAUACUAUAUAUCAUAUGUUUAGGCAUGAAAAAAUCACCUAUUUGUCUCAUUUAUGACCAUAAUAUUGAACUGCAUGGAAAGUCAAGUUCUUGUAUUUAAAGAAAAAAAGAAAAACAAGAAGAAAUCUGACUUUUAAUUGCUUUCAAUUUUUAGAGCAGACAACAAAAAUUGCUUUACAACAAGGAUUCACAAUUUCAAAAUAAAAGCAACGACAGUGGUCAGUCAUUAUCAGCCCUGUGAUAGAAUAACUUUGGCCACGCUGCUACCUCCUCCUCCUCCUCCUCCUCCUUAAGAAGAACUAUCUGCAAACAACGCCUCAGUAUAAAACGUGUAGAAGUUUGCUGGCAUAGAGAUGCAUGUAGCUACUAAUAGCUAUGUAGCAAAUACGGCUAACGCAGUGCCAAAAAGCAGUGAUCCAUGAUCAGUCAACACAGAUUCUGAUAUUUUAGACACAUGUAGACAAGAGCACGGACAAGAAUCAGCAGGGAGUAGCCCUGUCCUACUUUCUAAGUUGGUAUGUUUUCCUGGAAAAUCAGCCCAGGAAAGGCAAUUGGCACACACAACCAUCAGUGCUUUGACAUGUAUAAACUUAACAAAGCACACAAAACCUGCUAAAGUAGCAAGAAGCAGUUAGAGUAGUUAGUCGAGCAUUUCUUCCCUACAUAGCGCCCUUCAAAGGUUACUUCAGCCGCUGCCUGGUGCCGGACGGGUCUCCCUUGUUCUCUCUCCGCUUACAUGAUGAUAAAAAGCACACUGAAAGAAUGAGUUUCCCAAAAAUGGAGCGAAAUAAACGACACUGGAUGGACUUCCUGACUGAUAGAGGUAAUGGACAUGUUGACCCCCACACAGGCACACAAAUACGGACAUUACUGAAAACUCCAACCUGGAUUCAGCAGCGAACGUUCUCUCUCGGUGCAACUUUUUGCAAAGAAAAAGUAGAGCAUGACUGCUGCCCUGGUUUGGUGUAGGGGACACACAUGCACACACAUUCAUACAAGCAUCCUGACACACAUUCACAUCCGCCGAUUCUAGAUCUUCUGUAGCUUUCGGGGACAUCAAACCGAACUGGGCACAAGGAAACUGACGGACGAAAUAGUCACAGGGAGAAAACUGACUGGAGAAAAUAAGCAGCAAAGAGGACAUGAGUUUCUGUGUGACUGGAGAACUGGACAAGACUGAAAUGUGAGAUUAAAAGACAAUUAUUUUUACAUAAUUAUUAUCUCAGUCUCUCGACUUGUGGAUAAAACUGUCUCCAUUUAAUGUCCCUAAACAAAAAGAAGCACUAAAAAGCACUGAACACACGUCUUUGUUCAUUUAUUUGCCAGGUCAUGUUGCUUUCACGAGUUUUCAAGUUUUAUUGCAAUAAUGUGGAUGGAAUUCAGGAUGUAUUUUUGUUCUUAUAACCAGUUUGUCAUAUAAACUCAAAAUGAGAAAAGAUCGAAUUUAAAAUCUGAAUCUCUGAAGACAAAGCAAGAAAAUACAACUGUAUCAUCUGCAUACUUGAGUAGACAUUUCAACUUGUUUGAGUGAUGUCUAAAAUCCAAAUGCCUCUUCGUCAGCUGCAGAAGAUUCUCAUGUCUUUGCUGUUUUUUAAUUUGUUCUAUUAUUUUUUUAUUUUUGUAAAACAAAAUCCUCUUGGCUUCCUGAUGAGCCGGGAUUGGUGAGCCUCAAAUCGAGUUAUACUUGCUCGCAAGUCUUUUUUUCUUCAUCUUAAGCAGAUGUAUUACACUAAUAUGUGUAGUUACUGGGUAUUUAUAAGCUGUUUUAUUAUCUCAGAGUGUGUCAAAAGUGUGUCCACCGCUUCAGGUGUGCCAAGAGAACUUCGUGCCCAUGAUGUCUUACACAGAAACACUCACAAACUCAUGUGCGCUUGCAUGUUUAGUCACAGCAGUUAAAGCAGCCAUUAUAACAGCUUAUUUUAGAUUAGACUGACAUUAAUCCUAAACCCAUAAUCGCCCUGCACUCGCAGUCUGAACACAAACAUAUGAACACAAACACUGAAAGCAUGGCACUGUCCUGCUAUGUUGCCUUUGUGUCCCACGUUGCCAACGUUUUUUCGCUCAGGAUUUCAGUUAAUGCUGCAUUCCUGUGGCAACACAAGUUCACACGUACAAGUUCAUUCACAUGCCAAAACAAAGAAACAGAGAAAUCGCCUGUGCUUACACAUAUAGACAUUAGUGGCUGAUACAAGUGGCUGCACCAAAUCCACACAAUGUGCAAUAGUAUGAUCAACAAACAUUUACAUCAAGUGGCAGGAUUUACUCCAAAUAAUAGAUAUAGCAAAAAUAAUCCUUCACCUGUCGUGCGAUCUUUGUCAACAACAUGCACAGGGUUUGUUUGUUUGUUUGUUUUUUAAUACAUUUAUAUUGCGUAUUUUGUAUAUUGGCUGAAUGAAAAGGUGCGGUUCAUGUGUAAAUCCACUCAGAAUGUUUUCUUACAUUUUGUGGUAUGUUGUGGUUGCUUUUGUCCACUAGAUGGCAGCAAAGCCUUAUAUAACGUGACAGCACCGACGUGUGUGUUACUGUGUUUGGAGGGUGAACCAACCAAAAGGGUAGAAAACAGCUGCUUGUGUGUUGUGGAUUGAAACUGAAGCAUGUUGCACAUCUGCACACACACAGAUGUUAAAGCAGGUGAUUUGUGAAACCGCUGAUAAAAAACACAGAUUCUGGGAUGUGGCCAGAAGUGCAACAUCUUCCAACGCUUUAACCCACAAACACCACUGCAGUCUGAAGUGAUUGUGCAUUUAUCUCCACUGAUCUUUUUUAUUUUCCGUUGACUGAAUGUGUUACUAAGCAAUAUCCCUGCUUCUGGCUGGACAUGUAUAUGUUGCUAAGCAGCUUUCUAAACUUAUAACCACAAACAAUGAGAGCUUCAGUCACUGAAAUAACAGCACUGUUGGAUAAAAUUCAUGACUUGGAGCUUCCAUUUCCACCACGUUGUGCUGCUCUAUACCACACAAACUACAAAUAAAGUGACAGAGAGGAAGGUGGUUUGGUUUGUGAUCGAUCAGCUUUAUUCUAUUUCAACAAACUAAAGCACACAUCUGAGUUCUUGUUCCCAAAUUCAGCCGUUUUUUUGUAUUUUUCGUGGACACAAAAUUCUUCACCAAACCUCAUCACUCGACUAUCUUAUAAAAUGCUCUAGCAAUUUUGACCAAUGUAUUGUUGUCAAUACUGUUUUUAUCUUGUGGUCAUGGGGUGAGGCGAGUGGCCCCACUGAGUUUGUCAAACACUGUAUAAAGGAAAAAAAACAUGUCUACUAUUGGUUUGACUCAGUCACAUGAAUUCCAGCCGCAUUUUCAGCCUUCAUUUUCAGAAACACUCGACCAGUCUAAUGCUGAUGCUGAAAACUAUCAGGUUGUGUCACACAUUCACACUGGAUAAUCCAAAUAAAACCAAACUGCAGCUUCCACAUAUUAUAUUAAUAUGGAUUUAUACAAAUAAACAACAGAAUUCAGGGUCUUCCUUCGACCUCUGACUUCAGACUCUACAAUGUGAGUUUGUGUGCAUUAUUAAAUCUCCCACAGAGCUAAAAACAGCAGCCAAGGUUACCGUCUGUUCUUGCACAGACACAUAAUGAAUAAUAGCAGUACCUCUACUGAGCCUUGUAUUUGUGGUGAUACAAUAUCAGUGCGAUUUGGUUUUGCACCGGAACAAUGAAUAACUUAUUGUUGUACAUUGCUGAUGCAACAACAUGUCAAGGCAUAAAAGCAGUGGUCUUGUCCAGAAGUGGGCAAAAAAACAAAACAGUAAUUUUAUUCCAACUGAAAUAAUCCCAGACCUUCUGCUCAACUAUCUUUGAUUUUCAUAAACUAUGAAUAUUUGAAAUACUUCACUUGCAGUAAUUUUUUUUCACGUUGAAAUUUGAGGCCAGGCUUGAAUGACAAUAUUUAUAUUUCAGGAGCUAUUAAAGAUAAAAUCCUUAAAUUUUUACUGUUAAUUCCUGUCAAACCAUUGAUUCAGAAUCUGUAAAAUUGGACAAGUAGAUCAAUUAGUCUCUGGUGAUUCAUGACUUUUUCACACAUUCAAAUUUGAUUGGAUGAGGAUGUGCUUGGAUGACAGUAUUUAUAUUUCAGGAGCUAUUACGGAUAAAAGCCUUAAAUUUUCACUCUUUCACUCAUUUCUCAUCAUGUCAUCAAUUCAAAAUCUGCAAGUAGAAUAGAAUCCUGGAGUUUUAAAAAAGAAAAAUCUACAUAUAGUUAGUUAUAGUUAGUAUAGUAUAGUUAGUAUAGAAAAUGUCACUUGCUGACUUCUUCAUUGGCAAUUUUUAUUAAUAUGUGCUCAAAGAUGGGACUUCAUUUUUCUAUUUCAGCUCGCCUAUGAUCAGAUACUAUUUGAUCUACUCGUCCCGUUGUGUAGAUUCUGAAUUAAUGGCAUGAUGAGAAAUAAGAGUGAAAGUUAGCCAUCCGAAAGUAUGUGAUGCAAGUUAAAAUAUGUUUAUAAAUAUACAUAUUUUAUGCAAUAACAUUUCAAGAAAAUCAGAGAUAGUAGUGCAGAAAAUGUUCUAAAAUUGUUAGAUUUGCGAUGGAAAGACCCUGUAGUAAAUGGUACCAAAAUGAUGGCUGUAUUAAAAGCUCAGAUACUGUCAUGUGAUAUUCAGCUCUAAAAAUCUGCUGUCAAACUUGAAUCCACUCAGUCAGACGCUCAUCAGUGCUGCAGGAACCACCUCUCUCUGUUCAGACCUCAGAAGCUACGAUCACGCUCCCAUUUCCACGUUUUAUUUCUUGCUAAAUAUUUAAUGCCGCUGGAUUACUUGUGAGCCGUCAAACAAAUGAACUGUCACCACAGUGUAGUUGUUAUGUACAUGCCGCCUCUAUGGAGUUAAAACAAUAAUGUCACAUGCAAUGCAUUAUUGUCUUACACAGUGAUGUGUGAAGCCAAGAAUGGGCUUUCUGUUCAAGCACCGUCAAGCAAAAUGUCCUCAGUAUUUAAGCUAAUUAAUAUGUAACUGAUAAUUAGAUUGUCAAUAUCACACCAGAUUAUAGCUUUUGUCACUGGUCUGUUUAAGAUAAUGUAAUUACAUCGUUCGAGCGGAAGAUGACAGUGAAGGUAAUGGAGCUGGUGGCAAUAACUCUGUUAACUGAUGCGGUCCUGGCGAUGAUGAUGACAAUUAAUUAUCAUGGAAGAUACAAAUAAAGUCAAUCUGCUUGGUUAA